UCUGCUUUGCAUCCGCUGUUCCUCUGCUCUCAUCAGCCUUCCUGGCAGCAAUCUCAUCAGCUUCCUGGCAGCAAUCACAUCAGCAUUCCUGGCAGCAAUCUCAUCAGCUUCACUCAGCUGCAGCUCUGGUUACUGAGGGACGCAUUCACACCUGGAUGUCAUUGGAUUCUCAGCUCACACGGCCCCUUCAUUCAGCAUCAUCCAAAACAUGGCUGCAGUCUCCUCUUCCUGUUCACUAAACUUCAACUC